CCUGUCCAGCCCAGCAUGCAGACCAAGCUCUCCAUUGCCCUUCUCGCUCUGGUCCCGCUCUUGGCCAUGGCGUCACCCGCGCCCGCAGAGCCCGCCAGGGUGCCCUUCGCGCGCAAGCGCUCGUUCCAAAAUGAAAACGGCGUCGUCGACAUUGAGGCACUGAAGACGCAUGUUGCAGAGGUGCAAGCCAAGGUCGCGCGUGGCUUCAACGCCUUCAAAGCGAACACCGGAAAAGUCCACCCGAACGACAAUGGGGUCCGCCCAGCACCCGUCAAGCGCAACUAUGUGAAGCGUGCGACGGGCAAAGACCCGCUGACUGACGAUCUUGACGGCGACCUCUGGCAGGGCGGCGUCUCUGUUGGCACACCUCUUAGUGCAUUCACUGUCGACUUCGAUACUGGCUCGAGCGACUUCUUCCUACCGGGUCCUGACUGCACAGAGAACUGCGAGGGGCACAAGGUCUUUGAGACUGGACAGAGCAGCACUGCCGUCGACCAGCACAAAACCUUCGAGAUCGAGUUCGCCGAUGAUUCGACUGUCUCAGGCGAGAUCUUCACAGACACGGUGAACCUCGCGGGCCUGACGGCGACGAAGCAGGCCGUUGUCGCUGCGACACAGUAUUCGUCAGGCUUCGCAAUCGCAAACUCUCCGCCGGAUGGCCUGCUCGGGCUGGCAUUCGAGUCAAUCGCGAGCACGGGAGACUCACCAGUGUUUCAGACGCUCGUGACCCAGGGCCAGACCACCGAGUCCGUGUUCGGCGUCACGCUCCUCGACAACGGCGGCGAGCUGUUCCUCGGUGGCACAGAUACGACCGCAUUCACAGGCAGCCUCGCGUUCGCCAAUCUCAUAGUCACGGACCCACCUGCAUUCUGGGAAAUCACCGCUUCAGGCGUGAGCGUUGGUAGCCGUCGCGUCGUCACGGAAGCUCAGGACGCGAUCGUCGAUACUGGCACGACUCUCCUCAUCGUCGACCCGAACAGCGCCAACGAGAUUUUCGCCGCGAUUCCCGGUGCGGAGAAUGCUGAGAGGACGCUUGGCGAGGGAUUCUUCACAAUCCCCUGUGACGAGAUCCCGAGCGACGUCUCCUUCACUGUCGCAGGCAAGGCGUUCACCCUCUCGGCUGACACGCUCAACUUUGGCCAGCUCGAGGAAGGCUCGAGCCAGUGCGUUGCAGGGAUCAUGGGUGCUGAUGAGGGCUUCUGGAUUCUCGGAGACGUCUUCCUGCGCAACCUCUACACCGAAUUUGACUUUGGUAACUUGCGCGUUGGCUUUGCUCCUGUUGUCUCAUAAUUCGUUACCGGACGUUUGUAGAAUACGCGAACAGAGGAAAAACUGUACUGAGAAUGCAUGUCAUAUUAGCAAC